AUGGACAGAAAGAACCCAGCCACACUGUUGGAGCUUACUAUACAGACCCUACUGAAGAAUGAGCUUUUGCUAAUCCAACACCUUGAGGAGAUGCCAAAAAUACUUUAUAUUCCACUGUUCAGUGCUGCUUUCACAGGUGGACAUAGGAAGACACUGGCAGCCAUUGUGAAGGUGUGGCCCUUUUUCUGUCUACAUAUUGGGAGAUUAAGAUUACAAGUGCCAUACCAUGAAGUCUUGAGAAUCAUGAUUAAUAGUCUUCAGAUUCUUCCUGUACAGAACUCUACUUCUCGGAGCUCUAAACUGAGGAUCCUAGAUUUAAGACACGAUACUUUGUGUGAGAUCACAUGCCCUGAACUCAUUACUGGUUCCUCUGGAUGUUUGUAUUCUUGUUCUUCCUGUCAGCACACUGUCUUUAGAGCAAAUGCCAAGGAUGAUGUUGGAAAUUCAGCAUCUUUUGAGACCCAACCAUCUAGGAAAGCUAUGGAAUUACUCGUUGACCUUUCCCUCAAUAGUACGUUGAGGGAAAGGAGAUUUAUUUCUUUAAUUUUGAGGAAAGUUGAACAGAGCGUAGGGCUUUUGCACCUCUGCUGCCGUGAUCUACAAAUUAAUACAUUAUCUGAAUGCAAAAGCACAUUGAAACUAUUUACUCUGGAAUGCAUUGAUAACCUGAGAGUUUGUCAGGCUUCUCUGAAUGAGGUAACCAUUCUUUUGCAAAAGAUGAAGCAGCUGGACAAACUUAUUCUGUCUCGAAUCACUUUGAGAUCUUUGGAAAGCAAAGUCUUCACAGCUUUUCUCAAGCAUCUUGGAAAAAUGUGCUCACUCAAGGAGUUCUGCUUAUCCAACUUCUCCCUCAGAAAUCAUCUGGAAAAUUUGCUCAGAGCCUUGCCUCCAGAUUUGAAGUGCUUAUAUUUGCCUUUCUGUGAACUUUCUCACACUGAUUUCACAUUUCUGCCUGAGUGCCCUCAGGCCAAUCACUUAAGGAUGCUGAAUCUCAGUCACAUCUCAUUGUAUUGGGAAGACUGUGAGAAUAUUCGGAUUCUUUUGGAGAAACUCUCAGGUACCUUGCAGUGUCUAGAGCUAAAUCACUGUCUUUUAACAGAUUCUACUAUGUCUCUUCUCCUCCCAUCCCUAAGCCACUGUUCCCAACUCAAGGAAUUUAUUUUUAUCUGCAACCCCAUUUCAAUGUUCAUGCUCAAGAGGAUCAUACAGCAGUUAACACCCUUAACAAAACUGAAAUAUGUGAUUUAUCCCAUCCCUUCACACUGCUAUGAUGGAUGGUAUUUUUAUGGCCACUUAAACUUACAGAAACUAGCUGAUGUGAAGGCACAAGUGAACAGUAUGGUGAAAGCAGCACAUAGAGAGGACAUGGAUUGGAUCACACAUUCUCUGUGA